AUGUGCCGCUACGCUUCUGCCGGAGACCGAAAGACCGAGGGAUUGGGAGCGCUCUCAGGCAUGAGCCGCGGCCAUGACGGAGAAUUUGAAGACUCGGGCCCUGCGCUGGAGGCCCUGUGGCAGCAGUGCUGCGGGGACUGCGCCCUGCUGCGCUCGUCCUGCUGCGACGCCGUGGUGCUGCUGGUGGAGCAGGGCCACGCCGACCUCCAGCACACCCUCAACAGCGUGCUCAACCUCCUGCCCUCCGCCAGAAAUGUCCAGGGGCUCAUAAAGGUCAUCGGGCGGCUGCUGCAGAUGCUGGCUGACCAGAGGGACGGGGAAACACCCUUCACCUGUCCAUUUUCCAUCAGGAACAAAACGUCCUACAUCGCCAUGCUGGCGCCCUUCCUCCGGUACCUGUACUGUGAGCCCCAGAGGCAGCCCCAGCACGCUCUUCUGCGCCAGGGCCUGCUCAGAGUGCUGCUGACCAAGCAGCAGGGAACCGGACCGGACCCCCUUAACAACAAGUCCUCGGCCGUGUCCGAGUCCAUGCUGCUCUGCCUCUGCACGCUGGUUCCAUAUAUGCAGCUGGACAGUGUGGAGGCAGUGCUGGAGCUCUGCGGGGUCGUAGAGACCCUCGUCCAGCCCCUGACCGAGGCUCCGGGGGCCUGCUGGCUGACCGAGAGGGCGGGGCUGCUCGUGCAGCUGCUGUGUGCGUGCCAGCGAUGCCUCCAGCUAAACGGAGACUGCCGUCCACUCCUCAACCUGAUGCAGCGGCUGCUGCCCACCUGCCAGCAGGAGGCGCCCGUGGACGAGCUGCUGCUGGGCGUAGGCCUGCUCCUGCUGGACGCCCCGCCCGCUCAGCAGAGCAGCCUGCUCAGUCUGGCUUUGAGUUUAGUCCCUGAAAAAGAGGGGCCGUGCCCCUGGCUGAGUCCAGUCCUGGCCCUGCCUCUGCUGCAGCUGCUGUCCUGCUCCGGCCUCACCCAGCCGCUGUCUGACCACAGGACGCACCGCCUCAACCACAGGCUGGCCCACAGCCUGCUGGUCAGCAUCAGCAAACCUGCAGAACAAGUCCCACAGCCUGGCCCAGCUCUGGCUCUAUCGGUCAGCGACUGGUACAGUGAGCUGACCGUGGCUCUGUCCGUCCUGCGCAAACUGGCCCAGGAUCCAGUGGCGGCGGCCGAUUGGCUGCUGGCGGUUCGUUCUGCCCUGUCCCCCGGCCAGCGCCCGCCCCCCUCCCUCUCUCUGGUCGUGACUCAUCUCAUCAUCACUGGCCAGGAGGACGUCUGCCAGCUGGCUCUGACCGCCGGCCAGGCCAUCGCUGCUGCUGACCCCUGCCAGGUUCCCUCCCUCCUCUCGGUGCUGCUGUUCAAACUGGCAAAGGAAAAGAACCCCAAACUGGCUCAUGCUGUGCUUAACUGCCUACCCAACCUUGGGACUCACAAGCUCUGUGUCCCCCUGGUGCUGCAGACCCUCCACAUGCUGGCCAGCUCUCCCAGGCUGAGGGCUGUCGCCGUGCGUCUCAUGACCACUCUCUGGAAAAAACAGGACCGAGUCUACCCGGAGCUGCAGCGUCUCCUGGGCCAGCAGGACUCCGGGGGGCCGGGGGGGCAGGAGGCCCAGUGGGAGCAGCUCUUGUGCCGGGCCGCCUGCCUCAGGGACAUCUGCAGAGAGAGGCCGUACCAGCAUGGAGGGGACAUGUUGGCUGCGAUUUCCCUCACCCUGAAGCAGUGCAGCAAACCAGACCUGGCAACCCCGGCUGCCUUAGCCCUACAGGGCUUACAGGAGCUGUGCCGAGCAGAGGUUGUGGACAUAAUCUCCACCUGGAAAAGUCUGGGUCCAGAGCUGAGCGGCGACUCUCGUCCACUGAUGGUUAAAGCCAUAGCGGAGCUCCUGGCCCUGGUCCCUCAGCUCACCGUCAAGUCAGAGGAGUAUGAGAAACUGAAAGAUGAAGUGGUCAGUUUCCUCUGGAGUUAUGCUUCAAGCAAGGAUCCUGAUGUGUCCAGCUGUGGCUACAAGGCCUUGGCAGGCUUUCCUGAAACGGUUCACACUAUACCUCACCUUCCUGCUGCGGCCAGACCAGCCACGGAGAUCCACGAAAAUGAGGAGAAGGAUGAAAAGAAGGAGGAGGAGGAGGAGGAGGAGAAGGAGAAGGAUCUCUCCAUUCCAGGCUCAUCUUACAUGAAACUGAUGGCACUCACCUCCGUUUCUGUUCUGCCAGCCUUUGAGCUCUUCCUGACAUCCUUGGUGAAACAGGAGAUGAGUCUGAUGCCACGGGGGGUGUACUUCUCGGCCCUGAGGGGGGGCGGUCUGCGGUCCGAUCAGGGUAAAACGGUGGCUGGAAUCCCGUCGUUCAUGCUCAAGACCUACGAGAAAAACAAGCAGCCUGGCCUGAAGCCUGGGCUAGCAGCUGGACUGCUGCUGUGUUAUGAGCUUCCUGUUCAGACGGACCGUGACGGCAGGCCGAUCGAUCGCUUUCUGGUCAGCAGAAGCCGCAGCUACCAGCAGACCCUGACCGCCCUCGUCCACGAAGUGAACAUCCAGCCCUCAGAGUGGCACCGGGCCCUCCUGCUGCCCCAGGCCUGGAGGGCUUACAUGAGCCGGGCUUUCCACGCCGUCCUGCAGGGUCGACGCGCCGACUUGGAAAUGCAGCAGAAACAAGGCAAAGAGAACCCUCAGGAGGUGCAGUACCAGCAGCACUGUGCCUGGCUGUGGGCCAGAGAUCAGCUGACAGAUGUUAUCAAAGCUGCUACAAAAGAAAGUCCUGUUGUCCAGGGGAACUCCAUCCUGGCUCUGAGUGGCCUGGCUGCUGUCCUGGCUAAGUACGAGAGCAACCUGCCGACCGAUAGCAGCGGGAGCCUCGGAGCUGGACCAGAGUUUGUGCCCACGGCCAGCUGGUUGGGCAUGGUGUUUGACACUUUGCUCAGCAUCAUCAGCAGCAGCUACAAGGCCAAAGGACAGGUGUUUCCCUGGUUCCCACACCGCUCGUACUCCGGCGAGAACACGGCCAGCGCCAUCGCCCGCUCCUGCGCCGGCCUGGCCCUGGCCCUGCUGGUGCCCGUGCUGGUGGUGUGGCGGAGGGACGGGCUGGUCCAGGUGCUGACCGCGCUGCGGGCCGGCCUGCCCGGCUCGGCCACCGCCGACGACUCGCAGGCCGUCCAGUUCCACUCGGGCCUGGCGCUGGGCAUGGUGCUGUCCAGUCUGCACCAGCAACGCCUCAGUGACGUCUCUGCUCAUGACUCUGAGCUGCUCAUCAGCUCUCUUGAAGCUCUGGAAAAUUGCUCAUUCAACCCUAACUUGGAAUACAACACUGGCUGCAUGUUGGGUCUGGGUCUGGUGCUCUCGUCACUUUGCACAAGUGGACAGAUGGACCGAAGCCGAGUGACCCAAACCCUCGACAAACUACUGGCCAGCCUGCAGGACAGCAGCGGGCAAGGACGCAUGCUGCAAGAGGUUUUGUCCUACUCCGUGGCAUGUGUGGGCGUCUCCGCCUUCAGUGGAGGUCUUAUUGACGCCGACAAGGCUGAAGAGCUCAUGAACAGUGUGCGCACGCUGACGGAGGAGAGCCAGCAGACCCCGGGCUUCUCUCUGGCUCUGGGCCUGGUCAUCCACGGCCUGUCGGUGAGUGGCCACGGUAAAGCCGAGGACAUCCACCCUCGCCUGCUGGCCGCUUGGAUCAAGAUCCUGCUGGCCGAGGGCUGUCCCACCAUGCAGCGGCUGGCUGCUGCCAAUGGGCUGGUGGCUCUGGUGGGAUCAGAGAGUUACCUCGUUCAGCUGAAGAGCGAGCUGGAGCUCUCCACCCAGCAGCAGAGCAGACUGAACGAGGUUAUUCGUGCCAUCACACAGAUAGUAACCUAUUCUGGGGCCAUUGGUUUGCAGUCCAACAGUGCCUGUUUGAUGGGCCAUUUGUAUUUGGCGCACAUGUCCACAAGUCACAGUCAUACAGCAGUUCCUCAGGAUUUCAGUUACCUCUCAGAGAAAAGUGUCAUCAGGUCCAUCACAGACUUUCUCAUAGAGGCUGGAAAGAAAGGUCCAGAGUUUUCCCAUCCAGCCGUGGUUAAAACAGCUCUGGCCUCCUUGGCAUCGGUUGGAGGCGGUUUCCAGUACCCCCCCCCUGAACUGGAGCGCUGUGUUGUCUCCUCUGAUGAGGCUGAGCUUCGGAGAGGAUGUCCAGCAUCAGUGUAUGGUGCUGGCAGCAUCUCAAGCUCAGUCUUCCAAAAACGCCUCUCUCUUCCUGGGCUCCUGGGUCCCCGGACCCGAGCCCACCUCUACGAGAGCCUGGGCUCAUGGAUGAGGCACGUGUCCGAGGAUAAGCUGCAGGAUGCAGAGGUGGAUCUGUAUGUGGGCGUCGCCAAGUGUCUGUCUGAGAUGUCGGACACAGAAAUCGACAGGAUCGUUCAGGUUUCAGAGGCUCAGAUGGAAAAGACCUGCUUCCUCCUGUCCUACCUCACCUCUCAGGGCAGGCUCCCCCUUCUGAGUCUCAAUGAUGUCAUCGCGGGGGUGCUGCGUGGCUGGCCCAGCCGCAGAGUAGGCUGGCUCCUCCUGCUGACCUUUUACCAGUCCGGUCUGGCUGCCGGCCCCAACACAGGUGUCUCUAAACAGAUGGAGUGGCUCCUGGAGCUGAUGGGACACAUCCGGAACGUUGCCUACGGAGCGACCCCCGUGGACUGUGGAGACACCAGGCUGGCCACAGACUUCCUGUUCCAGCUUUUUGCAGCGGCUGUAGUUUCCUGGGGUGACCGCUCCAUGCCCCUCCUCUUUGGCCUCAGGGCCCAGUGGUUUCCAUGGGAGCCCGACUCCAAGCCCGCGUCAUUAACACACAGUUUGUACUUUGAGGAGUCGCUCCCGGACGGGGCCCUGCCCCGGUGCAUGCUGGCCGUGUCCCACAGCCUACCCCUGCUGCUGGGUAAAGAGCCCUGGAGCGCCCAGACUCACAAGUUUAUUGACUGGCUCCUCAGCGUGACAGAAGGUCCUGAGCAGAAUCUGUCAGCCUCCACCAUCAACACAGCCAAAGUUACAAUCCAAGGUUUUUCCAUGGAGCCUUUCUCAGGAAGACACAAUGUUAUGAUUCCAAUAAAACACAAAAAGAAGAAAAAAAAGACAGGCUCCAGAGGUCCAGCUGCUGACCGGUCUGCUGUCCUUUCAGCUGCUCUCCUGGCUCUGAAGUCCUCCGCUGAGUUCAGGAAGAAAGCCGUGUGGACCAGGGCUUAUGGCUGGUAG